CAAUUCCACUUUUCCAACAUUUUCCCCAAUUCAUCCACCGCCAUAACCUCAUGCACACCUAUGGAUGUCAAUUGGAAUUUCUAUCCCGAACCACCAUUGAACAAAUUCCUGAAGUCUAUCCGAAUGCCACCCACAUCCACAAUUUCACUCGCACAAAAUGCUAGGAAAUAUGAAACAUCACGCAAGGUGAAACUCCUCUGCAGCUUUGGCGGCAAAGUUAUAGACAGUCGUCAACACGAAAAUCUACAUUAUGUUGGCGGACAAACGAGAAUCAUUGUCUUCCGUCGUGAUACCGUCUUUCAAGAGUUUUAUUCAAAGAUGGAGGAUGUCUAUGGCGGCCCUGUCCGCAUCUGCUUCCAAUAUCCUAAACAAAGUCUAGACACCCUGAUUUCAGUUAACUCUGUUGAGGACUUUGAAAAUAUGAUGGAUGAGAUAGACGAUCUCUCGAAGGCCUCUAGUUGUGGAUCAGCUAAGCUUCGAGUAUUUCUCUUUCCCCGAUUCGGCUUGCAGAAGCAUUCAGAUAGAUUCAAAGGUGCGGCUUCUAAUGUUUGCGAGCCGACUUAUAUUAACAAAAACGACAAAGUAUUUGCUUCGGAUGCAAAUAACACAAACAAUUUGAGCAAUCAACCUGACACAAUAAAUGCGAGCAACAUAGGGUCACUACAAAUGAUGCUUGCUCUCUUAUUAGGGAUUGAGACCCAUGAAACUAUCAAGGAUGGCUUUAUGGACAUGAAAGCUUGCUAUUAA